AUGGCAGCAAGACUCAAACUACUACCACUAGCUCUAAUAGGGGAGUUGAUUUUGAGUUACUGCAUGUUCCUCCAUCUCUUGAGAUUGGGACCGUCGCCCCGGAAAAUGUGCUAUGGACGAGUGGGAGAGCGUGUUUUCGAAGUCCACCGUCACCUCGCCAAGCCAAGAACAGUCCAUUCUGCGGUGGAUCAUGGGGAUGUGGAUGACCUAGAAAUCAGCCUGAACAAGGUUCUUCAAUUUGGACUGACUCGCCGCCGCUGCCCACAUCGGUGUUCGAGUUCAACGAUGGUUUUGGGGUGGUGGAUCAAGCUUUUGGUAUGGACCCAGUUGGACAGAUUGGUUCAAAUUUUAUGCAUAACUCUAGUUCCCCCAGUAACAAAUCCAACCGUGAAAAUAUUAGUUUGUUUUUGA